AUGGCUGGCCUCGACACGGCGCCGGUAUCGCUGCACCCGGGCGGGCAGGACGGCUACGGCGGGCCAGCGGCGCCGUCGUCCAGGAAGAAGCCCCGGCGCGGCGCCGAUCCCGCUAACCAGAAGCGCCGAUGCGUCAGCACCGCCUGCAUCGCCUGCCGCAAGAGAAAAUCAAAGUGCGACGGAGCCUUGCCAAGUUGUGCCGCCUGUGCUAGCGUCUACGGCACCGAGUGCGUCUACGACCCGAACUCGGACCACCGCCGCAAAGGCGUGUAUCGCGAAAAGACAGACAGCAUGAAGGCCCGGAACUCGACGCUGCAGAUCCUGAUCGAGGCCAUCUUGAACGCGGCCGAGGAGGAUGUGCCAGCCAUCGUAAGAAAGAUCCGCACGUGUGACAGCCUCGACGCCGUGGCAGAGUCAAUACUCAAGAACGAGUCGGUUGAAGAGGAUGAGGAGGAGGAUGACGAGGAGAUGGAGGCCAGCUACACCACAAACCAGCCCGUCGAGGGCGAGAGGGAACUUGCCCGCAAAAUGGGCGAGCUCCGCCUCGAGAACGGCUCCGUCCGCUACAUCGGCGGUACUUCGCACCUGCUAUACCUGGGCGAUCAAGCAGCCGUUCCCGACGAGCCCGAAUCCGAGACUGCCCUUCCGAGCGAGGAGCCGACUGUUAGCUGGACCGAGGUCACCAAGGACACACAACUGAUCGUCCACCUGAUCAACAUGUACUUCAACUGGCACUACCCCUACUUUGCCACCCUCUCCAAGUCGCUCUUCUACAGGGACUUCCUCAGAGGGAAGCCACAAAGGGAACCCAGAACUACCGUGUACUGCUCCCCGCUGCUGGUCAACGUCAUGCUGGCCCUUGGAUGUCACUUCACGAGCGUGACGGGUGCCUUUGCUGUCCCUGGGGACAGCAAGACCAAGGGGGACCAUUUCUUUGCCGAGGCGAAGCGCCUGAUUAUCGAGAAUGACGAGUACGCGAAGCCCAGGCUCACGACGGUUCAGGCGCUGGCCCUCAUGUCGGUCCGCGAAGCCGGAUGCGGGCGGGAGGCCAACGGGUGGGUGUACAGCGGCAUGAGUUUCCGCAUGGCACAGGACAUCGGGCUCAACCUCAAUCUAGGCGCAAAGGACAAGGGGUCGCUCGACGAGCAAGAGGUCGACGCGCGCAGAAUCACGUUUUGGGGCUGCUUUCUCUUUGACAAGUGCUGGUCCAACUACCUUGGCAGACUGCCGCAGAUUCCUAGAAACACCUACAACGUCCCCAAAUAUGACGUGUUCCCAGACGAAGAUGCAGAGUCCUGGUCGCCUUACACGGACAGCGGGUUUGACACGUCCUACAAGCAGCCCUCGCGGACGCGGGCGGUUGGCCUGCACCUGAGCCAGCUGUGUGAGAUUAGUAGCGACCUGCUCCUCUUCUUCUAUCAUCCCAACCACAUCGGGCGGUCAAGCGGCAAGAACAUCGAGGUGAAGAAGCUUAGCGAGCUCCAUCGCCGUCUGGAGGAUUGGAAAAACGAGCUGCCAAACGAGUUUGAGCCAAAGGAUGGCCAGCUCCCCCAUGUCAUCCUGAUGCACAUGUUCUUCCACCUCCAGUUCAUCCACCUAUUCAAAGCUUUUCUCAAGUACACGCCCGCAACAUCUCCGUUACCAGCGCAUGUCUCUCCUUGGCGGAUGUGCGCUGCCAACGCUGGGGCUAUCUCCAAGCUGAUGCGACUAUACAAGAAACUGUAUGACCUGCGGCAAAUCUGCAACAUUGCCGUGUACAUGGUGCAGACGGCUUGCACGAUACACAUUCUGCACCUGCCGGAGAAGACGGCCAAGCGAGACAUUAUCCAUGGCGUGAAGCACCUCGAGGAGAUCGCCGAGGACUGGCCAUGCGCGCGCAGGGCGCUGAGCACGCUGAGUGUGCUCGCACGGAAGUGGAAAGUCGAGUUGCCAGAAGAGGCGGCUGUGGUAUUACAACGAACCGACGAGAAAUACGGGACAUUCAACAUUUCCGACGUCCCUUCACCGCACAGAUCAGGUGGUUCAACUGCGCAGUCACCGCAGUCCCUCCCAAACUCACCACCCGUCACCAACGGACAAGAUCACCUUACCUCCCCGAAACAGUACAGUGACUCGACAGCUCAGCCGAUGGCCAUUGACCUCCCGACAACGACCGGGGCCUCCGACAUGCUGAGCGGUCUGGCGGGAUCCGGGGUGCCGCCGAAGCUGCAAAGCAUGCAGAGCCAGGCUCCGCGGCGGCAAAUAACGCAUCCCGCCGCGACCGCCUCGAUGCCUGCGAACGAGUCCCUCUCGCCCAUCAGCUCGUGGGCCGUCUCGCCAGGAACGCGAGCCAUGCCCGGCUACACACAACAAGCCUUUGGUUCUGUGAGCAUGGGUGGUCCGCAAACAUCGCGCGCGGGGCCGGGCCGACAGAUGACGUCGAGCAAUCUCUACGCCAUCGACGGGCAGGAUUGGUACAUCAAAGAUGGCGUCAACUGGCAGCAAAAUUUCCAAACGUGGGGACUUGGCGCGGGCGCCGGUCAGAGCUCGAACGCGGGAGGGAGUAGCGCGAGUGGCGGCGGGAUGAAUGACGGGCCCAUGUUUAUGUUUCGCGGGGUUAAUAUGAAUGACAUGGACUCCUCGAGCUUUGACUCGUUGGGGAUGGGCAACCUGGAUCAUUUACCGGGCCUAGAUUAG